AUGAUCAAGCGCGCGUGGGACCGGGGCGUCCCCGUGUGGGUCCUCAUGCUCGCGGUGCUCGGCGGCGUCGCAAUCUUCGACAGCAUCUUCCUUCGACGGUCGUUGCCCCUGAGCGAGCCGUCGGGCGAGGCGCCGGACGCCGCGCCGCCGGCCGUCGAACGCGAGGCGGCGCCGGCGGUCUGGUACGAGAAGACCACCGCCGGAGAGCAACGGGCGACAAAGGGAACGCUCGACUGGGGAGCCCUCGAGCGCCUCGGCGAUCUUCGCGAGGCGGCGGCCGAAACGCGCGCGGGGCCCCGCGACUCCUCCGCGCGGGCCGAGGCGCCGAACGCCUUCCUCGCGCCCGCGGACACGCUGAAGCCGCCGUCGCAGAAGGUCCUCGCGGAAAUCGCCGCGCGGCGCCAGGCGGCGCUCGACGAGCGGCGCGACGCGAAGAUCGCCGCGAAGCUCGAGGCGAAACCGCCGUCGGAGAAGCGCCUCGCGAUCGCGAGCGAGGACAAGCGGCGCGACGCGAAGAUCGCCGCGGCGCGCGAGGCGAAACCGCCGUCGGAGAAGCGCCUCGCGAUCGCGAGCGAGGACAAGCGGCGCCACGCGAAGAUCGCGAAGGCGCUCGAGGCGAAACCGUCGCGGCUCCCGCGGCCCGCGGCCUUUAACAGCGACCCGGCGCAGGCCGCGCCGCUCGCGGGGCGGACGCCCACGGCGCCCGUGCCGUCGGACGACGCGGCCUGGGCGACGGCGCUCAAGCCCAUGUGGGGCUUCGAGCACGAUCCCCGCGCCGACGUCGUCAUGGCGCUCGGCUUCGGCUACGCGCGGACGGAGUUCGCGCGCUUCGUGUCCACGUUGCGCGCGACGGACUACGCCGGCGACAUCGUCCUCGCCGCGGGGCCGCCGGAGAAGUUUCGCAACGGCGUCGAAGCCUACCUCAAGGGCGAAGGCGUGUUAGCGUACCAGUUCACCUACGAGUGCUACAAGAAGAAGCGCGGCGGGCGGCGGCUGCUGGCGACGCCCGCGGGCUGCGUCCUGACGAACUGGUACGCGGGCGGCGACGCGCGGGGCCCGCGGCCGCUGGCGGUGGCGCGCUACGAGAUGUACCGCGCGUGGCUGGCGAACUACGACGAGGCGAGCUGGGCCUUCGUCUUCGACUUCCGCGACGUCUUCUUCCAGCGGGACCCGUUCCCCCUCGUCGACCGGUCGCCGUCCGCGCCGAACCUGCACCUCUUCGCGGAGAACCGGGACGUGAAGACCGUCGGCACGUGCCGCUUCAACUCCGCCUGGCUCAACUGCUGGGACCGCACCCUGAAGCAGGUCUACCACAACGCGAGCGUCAUGUGCUCGGGGUCGACGCUGGGCUCCGUGCCGGCGAUGAAGCGCUACGCGGAGCGGAUGCUCGCGGAGAUGGACCGCAUGGCGUGCUGGGCGACGAAGGCCGCCACGGAGAGCGACCAGGGCUACCACAACUUCCUCUACCACACGGGGGAGCUCGCCGCGCUGCCCGGGGUCCGCGUCGCGCACCACGAGCAGGGCCGCGGCCUCGUGAACACCAUCGGCGCGAUGAACGGCUUCCGCGUGCCCGCGCACAAGAAGGGGCCCCUGGACACGUUCUGGAAGAUCAAGGACGCCGACGGCUACAUCCUCGACUGGGACGGCCAGUACUCGGCCGUCGUCCACCAGUGGGACCGCUUCGGGAAGGAGGUCGUGGGCCACAUCGACCGGCUCGCGCGCGCCUACGCCAAGGCGAAGCGCGGCGCUGAGGGCGAGGACGGGGCGACGGCGACCGGCCGCGACGACAUUCGCUUCGCGACCGCGCGCGACGCGGCCCCCGGCCGCGGCGACGUCCCGCGAGAACGCUGCGGCGCGCGCGAGUUCAUGAAGCUCCACGCCCUCGGUUUGCAAGAGUACGACGCGGUGCUCGUCGUCGACAACGACUUCGCGCCCGCGGGGCCCUGGAGCGACUUCGGCCCCCUCUUCGACUGCGCGGCCGAGGGCCGCCUGCUCACGACGCGCGCGAGCUACUCGGCGGUGAACGGCGCGCUCGUCGCCGCGCCGCCGAGCGCCGCGCUGCUCGCCGAGCUUCUAGGCGCGCUGGCGACGGCAACGGUCGGGGACGACGGCUGGGGCGACGCGCACUCCUGGGGGCCCUUCCGCAAAGCGCGCAGCCGGGUGACGCAGGCGCGCGUCCAGGGCUUCCUCUACUGGUACUACCACCAGCGCGGGGUGGCGACGGCGCUCGACGCGCGCCAGGUCGACGCGUGCGUCUGGAACCUGCAGCGCGGCAUCGCGAAGAGGUUGUGCCGGGACGACAUCCGCGCGAACCGCACCGUCGGCUUCUCCCACGCGGGCCUCGAGAUCAUCCUCUUCCUCGCCGCCGUCGGCGUCGCCGCCGCGCUCCCCGCGUGCUCGGGCCCGGACUCGACGUCGUUCAAGCUCGGCAAGGGCGCGAGCAAGCUCAAGUGCGCCGAUUUCCUCGCGUCGAAGAAGAAGUGCAACAAGAAGGGCAAGGACCGCGGCGUCAAGAUCAAGGCAUCUCUCGCCUGUCCGCAGGCCUGCGGCGCCUGCUGCGGCGACUCGGAGGAGUUCUUCUACGGGGCGAAGAAGAAGGGCAAGACGUGCGCGGCGCUCGCGGCGAAGGAGCCGGGCCCCCGCGAGAAGGUGUGCAAGAAGAAGAAGGGCAAGAAGAUCGACGUCAAGGCCAAGGAAGCGUGCCCCGCGGCCUGCGGCCGCUGCGUCCCCGACGACGCGGCGCCGACGCCGCGGCCGGCUCCGCGGCCGACCGCGCCGGCGCCGGCCGAGGAGUGCGAGAAGGCCAAGAAAGGGUUCUGCGCCAAGGCGUCGACGCAGAAGUGCGCGAAGAAGAAGUACGCCGACAAGUGCCCGCGGUGCGGCUCCUGCUUCCUCUGCCGCGACGACAAGAAGUGGCGCGCGAAGACCGACGGCCUCUCUUGCAAGCGGCUCGCGAAGAAGGCCGGCAAGCGCAAGGACCCGGCCGCGUACCUCAAGAAGCUCUGCAAGAGCCGCAAGGGCGUCGACGGCGCCAAGAUGAAGGUCGCGUGCCCCGCGACGUGCGACGCGCUCGCCGAGACGUGCGACGCUCCGGACGAGACGCCGACCGCGGCGCCGACGGCCGCGGCGGCCAACACGACGAACACGACCGCGCCCGCCGGAGCGGAGGCGAAGGUGUCGACGUCGCUCUUCAUGACGGGGCUCUCGGCCUCGGACGUGAACGAGGACGCGGACGUGCGGGCGGCGCUCAAGGCGACGAUCAUCUCGUUGGGCGGCUACGACGAUGUGUCGAACAUCGUGGCCGAGAGCACGUCGACCCGGCGGCGGCUCCAGGACACCGCUCUCACCUUAAAAAUCAACUUCGUCGCCAUCAUCUACGCGGACAACGUCGAGGCCGCGGCGGCCCUGGCGGCCGCGGCGACGGCGAAGAUCGUCGCGGCCGUGGAGAGCGACGAGUUCCUCCCAGAGCUUAAGGCGCAGGCCGCCGAGGUGUCCGUUUCGGUCACCAUCAUCUUCGAAGCCGCCGGCGUGGACGAGGAGAAGACGAAAGACGCGUUCGCCGAAGCGACCGUUACGGUGGAGGUCGUGACGGCCAAGCCCACGCCCGAGCCCACGGCCAAGCCCACGGACCUGCCCACGGGCCUGCCCACGGCCAAUUCCACGGCCAAUUCCACGGCCAAUUCCACGGACCUGCCCACGGGCCUGCCCACGGGCCUGCCCACGGGCGACCCGUCGGCCGGGCCCACGGCCGUGCCGACGGGCCUGCCCACGGGCCUUCCCACGGCGGCGCCCAGCGAGGCGCCCACGCUCUCGCCGGGAAACAGCACCAACACACUUUUGUUGAAGUUAAAUCUUGCGAUUUCUUUGACCCGAACCAGCGACCGCGCGCAAAAAGUCAUCGCAAACGUGUAA